AUGGCUAUGGCAUCGCCGAGUCACCACAUUUGGAACAAAGCAAUAAUGCAAACCCUGGCAUCUAACGGCCACAAUGUGACAGCCCUGAGUAUAGACACUGAUGAAACAUCUGGUCCCAACAUACACUACUUAAAAAUAAACGGCGUGUACGAAUCCUUGUAUUCAGGAGACGAACCAUUUGAUUUACUCGAAUUCUCCAAAAAAUCACUCAUAGGAAUCACCGUGGACACUGCCAAAUGGUUCCUCACAGUCUGCAGAGCCUCUUUAAGAUCAGAAGGGGUACAAAGGUUACUAGAGUACCCUAAAGACUUCAAAUUCGAUUUAGUCAUAUUCGACUACACAAACUUACCAUGUCUCCACGGAUUUGUAUCCAGAUUCAAUUCUCCUCCACAAAUAGGCAUAACUGCUUUUGCCAAUCCACCACAUACAAGCGACUUGGUGGGGUCACCAAAUUUCGUAUCACUAAAACCCCAUUACACGACCACCAUGGGGUCAACAAUGUCUUUUCUGGAGAGGCUCUACAACUCCCUCCUGUACUCAGUGGAGUUGGUGCAGAGGAGGAUGCUCAUCUGGUGGGUAAGAAAUGAGGUUAGAGAAGUUUUUGGUGAUGACGAGUUGGAUGUUGGUGCUUUGGAGAAGGAGGUCGAGUUGGUUAUGGUUAAUAGUCAUCCAGGAAUGGAUGUGCCUGAGCCGGUGUUGCCUAAUGUGAUACAGGUUGGGGGGUUGCAGAUUAAGGAACCAAAAGCUCUACCAGAGGAUCUCAAGAGGUUCCUGGAGUCUUCAAAAAAGGGUUCCGUACUCUUCAGCCUCGGAACCAAUAUGAAAAGUGAAAUAAUCGGCGAGGAAAAGAUCAGCAUGUUCAUCAACGCAAUUUCGAGGUUCCCCGAGUACAACUUUUUAUGGAAAAUCGAACUAGAAAACAGGACUUUCCCGAAAAAUCUGAUGGUGCGGAAGUGGUUGCCACAGAAUAAUGUCUUAGCUCAUCCCAAUAUAAAACUGUUUAUAACUCAUGGGGGCUUAUUGAGUUCUCAAGAAUCGACAUGGCACGGAGUACCCAUCAUUGGGAUGCCCUUUUUCGUCGACCAGCACACGAAUGUGCAAAAGUCCGUGGACGCUGGUGUCGGCGAAAAAUUGGACUUUUUCCAACUCACCGAAGAAAUUGUUUAUCAGAAAAUUAAAAUGAUAUUGGAAAAUACCAGUUACCGUCAAAAGAUGGCGCUGCGUUCGUCGCGUUUCCGCGAUCGCCCGAUGCAUCCGCUACAAGAGGCGACAUGGUGGUGCGAAUACGUGCUAAGGCACAACGGAGCCCCCCACCUGAAGUCCCUGGCGGCAGUUAUGGAGGCCCCCGCACUCUUCAUGUGGGAUCUGAUGCUCGUGUGGCUUGGAAUAUUUUUGGGAGUCGCAUUUUUGGUAGUCUUUGGGCUCAGGAAGAUCUUUAGGAGAAAAGAAGUUACAAAUAUUAGACGAAAAGAGUUUGAGGAGAAAAAAAUUGUUAAAAAAAGUGAAACGAAAUUCAAAGGAAACAUUUUAUGUCUGAUGACGAUUGCCUCACCCAGCCACCAUAUAUGGAAUCGUUCCUUAAUGGAAGCCCUAGCGGCCAAAGGCUAUAACAUAACUGCCUUAAGCGUCGACAUAGACAAAGAGCCAGCGGCCAACCUGCACUACAUUCUCAUAGAAGACGUCUACAAAGCAAUCUACGAAGAAGAAAACUUCGACCUGAUCGCAUACGCUUCCCUAGACAUCUACUCCAGCAUCUCCGACCUCAUGAAAUACUUCGCCAUCUCCAAUCGCGCCAUUUUGAGAUCUCAAGGUCUCCAAACCCUCCUACGCUACCCUGAUGACUUCCACUUCGACUUGGUAGUAUACGACUACAGCUCCUUCCCUAGCAUCCUUGGUAUCCUCCAAAAAUUCCACAACCCUCCCGUGGUUGGCGUCAGCGCAUUCAUGAACCCUCCAAACACCUACGACGCAUCUGGCAACCCCAUUUUUGCUUCUUUGAAACCUUACUACGCAACAACCUUCACGCCGGUGAUGAAUUUCUGGGAGAGGUCAGUAAAUCUGUUCUACUACGUGGUCGAUAAUUGGGCGAGGAAGAAGGAUGUGGAGGAUGCCCAGGAGCUGAUGGAGAAGGUUUUUGGAAAAAGCGCUGGAAACGCAAGGGAGUUGGAGAGGAGGAUCGAGUUGUUUUUGGUCAACGUGCACCCGUCGAUAGAUGUUCCUGAACCGCUGCUGCCUAACGUCAUACCUGUCGGGGGGUUACAGGUUAAGCAACCUAAGGAAGCACCACAGGACAUCAAACGGUUCAUAGAGUCUUCCAAAAAAGGAGCCGUCCUGUUCAGCCUCGGUUCCAAUGUGAAGAGCGAAAUGUUAGGAGAAGAACGCAUUCGAAUGUUCAUAAAGGCAUUUGCAAAAUUCCCCGAUUAUCACUUUUUAUGGAAAUUCUCUAACAAGGAGAAAUUGAAUUUACCUAAAAAUGUCCUGUUGCAAGAUUGGAUGCCCCAAAACGACAUAUUAGGGCACCCAAAAACUGUACUAUUUAUGACACAUGGUGGUCUCCUCAGCACCCAGGAGUCUCAUUGGCACGGAGUACCCAUGUUGGGGAUACCGUUCUUUGCAGAUCAGCACACAAACAUGAAACGUUCGAUUGAUGCUGGAGUAGCUGAAAAACUAGACAUUUUUAAUUUAUCCGAGGAAGCUAUCAUUGCCAAAUUGUCGAGGAUGCUCUCUGAACCCAGUUAUCAAGAAAAAAUGACCAUCAGAUCCACUCUCUUCCGAGAUCGCCCUCAACAUCCACUACAAGAAGCAGUUUGGUGGUGCGAAUACGUACUAAGGCACAAGGGGGCACCGCAUUUGAAGUCUCAAGCAGUAUCUAUGUGCCCCUUUGCACUGUUUAUGUGGGACUUGCUUCUAGUUUGGCUAGGAGUCUUUUUAGGAGCCCUAUUUUUAGUAUUUUAUGGAAUUAAGAAGAUCUGUUGUGGGAAGGAGAAAGAUUUGAAAGCUAGCGAGGUGUUGAGGAAGGUGAAGAAGACGAAUUAAUAAAUAAAUAUAUAUAUAUAUAUAUAUAUAUAUAUAUAAAUAUAUGUAUAUAUAAUUAUGAUAUUAAUA